GAUGAGAGCAAGCCCGCCAACUGGGUGCGCUGGGACAACAUUGACGCGAUCAUGAAGCAGUAUGGCCUGACCCGAUCCGAUGCGGAGCAGGCCUUGCAGGAAGUGCACACAUCGCCGACGAGCAUCUUCGCCCCAGAGACCAUCGAGGAUGACACCCUAAACGCCGUGCCCAUGGAUGCCAAGCCCGCGGACACCAAGGAGGCCACAAAGCCCGCAGCAGACACCAAGGUCACCAAGCCCGCAGACACCAAGCCACGCACGCUCACGGAUGCUUUGCUGGUGCGCUCUGAGAGUGACCAGUCCUGCCCCACGCUCAUGCUCGGGCAGUCAGUUGUGAACAAGCAGAUUGGGUCGAACGUUCCCAAAGACUUGGCGGCGCUGCCCUCCCCCGAGGAGGUCGAGGCGCCGGGUGACAGCGCUUCUCAAACGGCGCCGGCCACUGCAGUCGACGUCAACAUGCUGGCGCAGCUCGUCCUCCAGGCCAUUGGCAGCUCCGCCAACGCCAAGGACGUCGCCAAGGACAUCGCCAAGAACACCGCCACCGCCAAUGACACCGGCAACAACAGUAGCACCGACAAAGCGCACAAGCCCUGGGCUGGAUGGGACAAGUACCGCAGAAUGAACGCUUCUUCGGAGCCGGAGCUGAAGCAAAGCCUCAAGGCUAGCAAGAGCCCCGCCACCGUCGAGACCGUGGAGACCAACCAGCCGCUCACCGUCGAGACCAAGGACGCCGCCGUCGAGACCAAGCGCGCCACCGUCGAGACCAAGCACCAACAGGAGCUGCAACAGGUGGUUCAGCUCAUGCGGAUCCAGGGCCAGUCGGCCACCGUCGAGAAGCCGACCACCAACGAGAACCUUAAGGACAAGCCGGCCACCACCCCCAGCGCCAACUCUGGCAAGGGCGUGGAGCCCCACGCCAACACAGGCCAGAACAAGCCCGACGACGACGUGCAGGAGGUCGCUAUGGAUGCGACCAACAAUGCUGAGGUUCGCAUCAACAGCUCCUCCCACAAGAAAGAAUGGAUGGCGCUGACCCGCCGCAUGGAGGGCGCAGACAAG